AUUCCAGCCGCGAGCCCGAGGGGGAGGAGGGGUAGUGCUGGGGGGUAGAACUACGCACGAGCGAAGGAACCUGGGUCCCCAGGCUGUCGCCUCCCGCUCUCCAGAAGUGGUCUGCACCUUCGCCCGACCUGCGCGAGCCCCAGGCCCCAGACUCGGGCAAUACCCACAAGCAAGAUGGCGGCAACGGCAGCACCCCCUACGGCUUAGCGCCCAGCUGUGCCAUUGGCUAGAGCCUGGAGUGAGGCCGCCGAGGAUUGGUCGAGAGCGCUGCGGGGGUGGGGGUGGAGCUGCAGCAGCCUGGAGCCAGGAGUGGGCAACGCGGCGUGAGCAGUGGCCCCAGGCUCCCGGAGCACCGCGCUCGGAGAAGACUUCGCCGCUCGGGGCCGCAGCCUGGUGAGCUCAGCCCCCUUCAAGCCCUCCCUUACAUCCCAGCCGGGGCCACUCCGAGCCGGCGCCUAUCGAUGCCGACACACCCCGGGGACCCUAUCGCGACUCCAUCGCGCCAUAUCGCGACACCAUCGUGCCUUGUCGAGACUCCAUUUUGCCACAGCCCUUCUCAAUAUAUAGCUAUAUCUUUUUAAAAAAUUUGCCCUGUCAUCUUUGGGGGCUGUCCCAUGUCGUGAUUUUGCCGUGAUCUCUCCGUGACAUAACCGCGCCAUCGUGAAGUGUGAUCUCAUCGCCGCCCUGUCGUGACUUCAUCAAUGUCGUGUUGUGACCUGGCUGCGGCGGGACAGGUGGUGACCGUCAGGAACCCUCCUUCCCUUCUCAUCUCCCCAUCUCAGCAGCCCCUCUUCGAUUAUCCGGCUUUUGGAGUCUCCGUUGUCCUGGGAGCUACCCGGGACCCCUUCUUGCUUCUCCAGCCCCUGCCGGCGUCCACAGGCUGGUAGCCGGGCGGGGAGGGGAGGGGAAAGGAAACCUCAUGCCAGCCUGAGUCCGGAUAAUCGAACUUCACCCGUGUAUGUCUCCAUUCCUCCCUGUCUGUCCUCACCACUCCCUCCCUGUACGCCUGGUGGAGGGAAACAAAACCUGGACUCUGGUGCCAGGGAGCAGCUGAGCAGUGGGGCCAGCCCCCUCCCACCCCCAGGAGACUGGUGAGGAGAGCUGUCCAGCUGAGCAGCAGGAUGCAUGGUCCUUCUUUCCCACUUUCCGGAUGUGACCUUGGACCAGGGUCCCUUCUUCAUCCCUAAGGACUUGAGGGUCCAGCCCCUUAAAGGGGCUCCCCCAAGGGAGUUGGGCAAGGCGCGCAUCAUGGCCUCGGAUUGCGAGCCAGCUCUGAACCAGGCAGAGGGCCGAAACCCCACCCUGGAGCGCUACCUGGGAGCCCUCCGUGAGGCCAAGAAUGACAGCGAGCAGUUUGCAGCCCUGCUGCUAGUGACCAAGGCAGUCAAAGCAGGUGACAUCGAUGCUAAAACUAGGCGGCGGAUCUUUGAUGCUGUCGGCUUCACCUUCCCCAAUCGUCUCCUGACUACCAAGGAGGCGCCGGAUGGCUGCCCCGACCAUGUUCUCCGGGCCUUGGGUGUGGCCCUGCUGGCCUGCUUCUGCAGUGACCCUGAACUAGCCGCCCAUCCCCAGGUCCUGAACAAGAUCCCCAUCCUUAGCACCUUCCUCACAGCCCGGGGGGACCCUGACGACGCUGCCCGCCGAUCCAUGAUUGAUGACACCUACCAGUGCCUGACAGCUGUGGCAGGCACACCUCGUGGGCCCCGACACCUCAUUGCUGGUGGCACCGUGUCUGCCCUGUGUCAGGCAUACCUGGGGCAUGGCUAUGGCUUUGACCAGGCCUUGGCACUCCUGGUGGGGCUGCUGGCCGCUGCUGAGACACAGUGCUGGAAAGAGGGGGAGCCUGACCUGCUGGCUGUUUUGCGGGGCCUCAGCGAAGAUUUCCAGAAAGCCGAGGAUGCCAGCAAGUUUGAGCUCUGCCAGCUGCUGCCCCUCUUUCUGCCCCCAACAACUGUGCCCUCUGAAUGCCUCCGGGAUCUGCAGGCCGGGCUGGCACGGAUCCUGGGCAGCAAGCUGAGCUCCUGGCAGCGCAACCCAGCACUGAAGCUGGCAGCCCGCCUGGCGCACGCCUGCGGCUCCGACUGGAUCCCAGCGGGCAGCUCCGGGAGCAAGUUCCUGGCCCUGCUGGUGAAUCUGGCAUGCGUGGAGGUGCGGCUGGCACUGGAGGAGACGGGCACAGAGGUGAAAGAGGAUGUGGUGACCGCUUGCUAUGCCCUCAUGGAGUUGGGGAUCCAGGAAUGCACCCGCUGCGAGCAGUCACUGCUUAAGGAGCCACAGAAGGUGCAGCUUGUGAGCGUCAUGAAGGAGGCCAUCGGGGCGGUCAUCCACUACCUGCAGCAGGUGGGGCCAGAGAAGCAGAAGGAGCCCUUUGUGUUUGCUUCCGUGCGGAUCCUGGGUGCCUGGCUGGCCGAAGAGACCUCAUCCCUGCGCAAGGAGGUCUGCCAGCUGCUGCCCUUUCUCGUCCGCUAUGCCAAGACCCUCUACGAGGAGGCCGAGGAGGCCAGUGACCUCUCCCAGCAGGUGGCCACCUUGGCCAUCUCCCCCACCACCCCGGGGCCCACCUGGCCAGGGGAUGCUCUCCGGCUCCUCCUGCCCGGCUGGUGCCACCUGACAGUCGAAGAUGGGCCCCGGGAGAUCCUGAUCAAGGAGGGGGCCCCCUCACUUCUGUGCAAGUACUUCCUGCAGCAGUGGGAACUCACAUCCCCUGGCCAUGACACCUCAGUGCUGUCCGACAGCGUGGAGAUCAGCCUGCAGACCUGCUGUCACAUCUUCCUCAACCUCGUGGUCACUGCACCGGGGCUGAUCAAGCGAGAUGCCUGCUUCACUUCUCUAAUGAACACCCUGAUGGCGUCGCUGCCCGCACUAGUACAGCAGCAGGGGAGGCUGCUUCUGGCUGCCAAUGUGGCCACCCUGGGCCUCCUCAUGGCCCGGCUCCUUAGCACCUCUCCAGCUCUUCAGGGAACACCAGCAUCCCGAGGUUUCUUCGCAGCUGCCAUCCUCUUCCUGUCGCAAUCCCACGUAGCACGGGCCACACCUGGCUCAGACCAGGCCGUGCUGGUCCUGUCCCCCGACUACGAGGGCAUCUGGGCGGAUCUCCAGGAGCUCUGGUUCCUGGGCAUGCAGGCCUUCACAGGCUGCGUGCCCCUGCUGCCCUGGCUGGCCCCCGCCGCCCUGCGCUCCCGCUGGCCACAGGAGCUGCUGCAGCUGCUGGGCAGCGUCAGCCCCAACUCUGUCAAGCCUGAAAUGGUAGCCGCCUAUCAGGGUGUCCUGGUCGAGUUGGCACGGGCCAACCGGCUGUGCCGGGAGGCCAUGAGGCUGCAGGCAGGCGAGGAGACGGCCAGCCACUACCACAUGGCCGCCCUGGAGCAAUGCCUGGCAGAGCCCUGAGGGGGCAUCCACUGGGGACAGACCCGGGGGGCGGGCGGCAAGGGAAGGAGGGAGGAGGCAUCUCCCCUGAAGCCCCCAAAUUGGACCCUCUCCCCCAACUUCCCCCCCAAAACAUCCCAGCUUUCUGGCUUUUCCGAGGGUGAGGGCAUGGUGCCCAUCCUUCAAGUGUAAGGAACCGCGUCACGCCCCCUGGGCCCGCUCAGGGGCAGGGAUUGGCUUGGAAGUCAGCAUGGCUGUUCCCGCCAGGCCGGGGGAGGUUGGAGCAGCCCGCAGGGAGGGCGGCACUAGGUGUCAUUGUGCCCGAUGUCUGGCUCCCUUGCAGGAGGGAGGCCCCCAGAUGGGACAGGGCUGGCAGGAGCUGGCUGCUUCAGCCCACGUGCCCUGCCGGCCAGGGCGUGGGCUCCCCUAGACUGUGGUGCCGCUCUGGACUUCCAGGUCCACGUCCUUUAAAUUGGCCAUUUGGUUCUUGCCCUUGGCCCCCUUGGGCAGAGAGCAGGCUCAGGCCGUUGACAUCACAGUUCUUCCUAUCAACUUCAGUGACCCAGGGUCUGAACUGCCCCGGCCUUCCAUGGCAACCUGGGGCAGACAGCCCUGGUUGGGGGGUCGGGAAGCCUUCCACCUGAGCUUCCUUGAGGGGACCCAGGAGCCCUUGGAUCCUGGUCUCUAAGCUUUUGUGUUGUGUUGCAGCAGAGUGACAGUGAGGGUUGGGGAGUUAUUUAUUUUGCCUGCCCUUAUCCCUGCUUGGACACCUGAGCAUCUGAUCCCUGUCCCCUUGGUGCCAUAUGGCCUGGCUGGAGACAGGAACCGGAGGGAUGCUUUCCCAGAAUCCGCAUGUUUCCCUAGUGACUGCACCCCAUCACCAUCCUAGUGCCUGGCUUUAACUCCCACCCCUGCCUUGUGAUUCCUCUCUGCAGAGAGACGCGACUGGCGGCUCCAGCAGGGACUACCAUUCUUAUGAACCUGAUCCCUUGCGUCCCUCUCCCCUUCCCUCCCCCAGUGCGUUCUGUGAUCGCCCAGUUCAAAGCUGUGCACAUGUGGACACUCAAUAAAUGUUCAUU